GUCAAGUCAACAAAAACGAUUUUGGCGUUUUUGAAGUUUUAACAAUUUAGAAUUGUAAUUUUAGCGAGUAAAUAAUAUUUACUAUGGAUAUCAGUUACGAGAAUAUGCCAACAAAACAGUGCUUUAAAUGCAACGAAGAGGCUCUCAUCAAUCUAAACGUAUUUUAUUACGCACCUAGCGAUACAAUAAUAUUAUGGAACCAAUAUCAAAUAUUCGUUUAUGUAAAUAAAAAAUUCGAAAAACCUGUGAUAAAAUUUAAUUCUAGGUAUGAAAUACUGGACAUAAUGAUCUGUGAUAUCUAUUUAGCUUGCGUUGAUAAUUGUGGCGAAAUCCAAUUACAUUGUUUAAACACUAAUUCAAAAAUUUACUUUUCCAUGGGCCGUGGAUCUUCAAACUACAUUGUGGCCGUAUCGCUCAUCAAAAAUAACAUGGCUUUAUGUUUGAAAUACAACUCAAAUACAUAUUCUAUAUGCUUAAAUCAAAUUGCGAAAUAUUUCGAGUUUGAGAAUCAAGUACAAUUGCUAUGCAAUGACGCGUUACCACCUUUACAGACACCAGACAGAUACAUUAUAGUACACGGAAGUCUCCAGUCCAUUACAGAUGACCAUUUAGAAACUCUGCAAAACACGUUUUGUAUUAAUGAGUACCAAAAAAUCUCAAAGAAUCAUAAGUUAGUAGUAUUAUCCUUUGAUAAAUUAGAUGCUUAUAGUUGCAUAAUAAUGUGUGAAAAGUCUCAAUGUGAAGCUAAACUAGUGAAACUAUACUCAUGUCCGUCUGAAAUAUCCAAUAUAAACAUUAUUGAACCAGAACUGACUGUUGUGAUAACUCUUGCUAUAGGCACAGUUGUUAUUCUGUCCUGGACUGACCUUAAGACACCUAAGAUAGUUCAUUUGAACAUUGCAGUUCACAAAUCCUUAGUUUACAAAGGUUCCAUCAUCUACACCGAUGGGAAAACUCUAUGGAGAGCCGACAAUAUUAUGUCCCAAGACAUAAAAUUCAGGCAAUUCUUUGUGAAACAAGUUAAAGAUUUUGUAAUAGUGGGAAAUGAGAUUAUUUGUACCACAUUCACGAAUUUAAUAUAUACAUUUUCUAUAGAUAGUCCAGAGUCAUAUUUGAAGGAUGAAUCCAUUGAGUACUGCCCUGCAGACAGGCUGUUGAACAAUCAUUCUGAUUAUGUAAAGAAAAUUCUGGAUGAAGUUAAUAAAAAUGAUGUGAUAGCCAAAAAACUGAUGAAAGAAAGAGAUUACAUUACUGCAUUGUCUCUGUCCAACAGGCAGGAUGUGAUGGACAGCGUUAUAAACCACAAAGUUAUAGUGUAUGACAACUAUGACGAUGCAAUCAUGGAAAAUAAAAAAGCUAUCCUAACAAGCAACUUUAGCGAGUAUUUUGAGGAAGAAUCAUUCUUCAUUUUGGUGAAAAUUGCCACAACUACAGAACAUAAACUGGACCAUAUUUUAUCAAAUGCCACCGGAGACUUGAGAAUCCACUUAACAGUGUCUACAAGUACUAAAGUAAUUAAAACUAUAAGUAUAAAAGUUGCAGAAAUUAAGAAACUUAGUUAUUUAAUACCACUAAAGAGCAAAGCUAUUGAUUUCACAGAAAUGAAUGUAAAUAUAAAAAUUAUGUCAACAAUACCGGGAGCUUUGGAUGCUAAACACAAGACAUUUACCAUAUUGUAUAGAAAACAAGUAACAUUACACUCGGAACACUUUAUAAAAUUCAACCUGAUUCUUAAUAGACGGCAAUGCUUGAAGAGAUUUGAAGAUCCGUUAGCUAAACUCAUUUUGCAAAGCUCUAUCAAUAAUUUUGGACAUCUAUUUGAAUUUGAAGAUGGUAUAAAGCACAGACCUUCAAAAGAAUGGCAAAUGUAUGUAAGAUUGCCGGAUAAAUAUCAAGAAGUAUUCAGAAACAAGGAGAACACUAAACAUCUAACUUCAAAGAAGGUCACAUACUUCCUCCAACAAUUUACAUCUGAAGAAUUUUUAAAAUCUAAAAGUAAUUUAAUAUUCUCCAUAGGUAAUGAGAAAGUGAAGAUAGAGAUAUACAAUGAUAGCUUCUCAAAUCCCCUACUGAAGUUGUCCAGUGCUAAUAUAAAAAUAUUAUCGAAUAUGAGGAAUUUCUUAUCAGACUUGAUUUACUGUGUGUUCACCAAUUUCGCUCCUGGGAACGAGUUCAUCAAUCUUUCUUCAUAUGCUACUAUUGAAAAUCUACAGAAAGCUGUACGAACAUGUAUUGCAGCUUCCUCCGAAGAUUUGGAACCCCUCAUAGAACAAUUUGAAAGGAAUGUCAUUGGAGUUUUACCUAUUUGAAAAUAACCAAUGCUCUUGUUUAUAUAUUAUUUUACCUAAUUUAAGACUAAUAAACUGUGAUCAAAAUACCAUUCUCCUCAGGAGCUCGUUGAUCUUGUCUUCACGGUUUCCGAAGUCACCUCCGUCGACGUAGUGAAUGGUCUUCUUGCGCCAACCACCGGUCGGGUUGUUCAGCUUGAAUGGCCAGAGGAAGUUGCUGGCGUACUGUGGAACAAAGGAAUAAUGUUAGCAUUGCAUUUAGUCUAUCAUUAUGGCCUAUUAUUUGAUCAGCAGUUUUAUAUUACGGAAAACUUAUUGUCGUCAAAAUUGUAUGUAGAUAACGAUUUCAUUAUUUUUAUAUUAGAAAAGAUAUCUUGAUGCAGUAACAAGUAGUUGUGACUGUCGACAGAAUAAUGAUGAGGAUAAAUAUACCGCUACUGACCAACACCAAAUGGGGGCGUUCAAUGUGACAAAAUACAGAAAAUAUUGAUAAUUUUUACUAGUAAACUAGUCUUUUUUUAUGUAGUUAGGAACAAAAUUGUUAACUCUUACCUUGAACUUCUCACCGACGCUGAAGAUCUCGUGGAUGAGGUCCUCAACACAGAUGAUGUUCUGUUUGCCGAGCUUCUGCUCAACAAUUGUGUUGGAGGUGAUGGGCACACGCUGGCCAUUCACCUUGGCGAAACCGCGCUUGUAUACCAACUGUAGAAGAAAUAGAGGUCAUUUAGAAAUGGUGACUGGAAGAAUUAUGUCAUGUCAGUCGACUGUGUGGCAGAUUUCCUUAUUUUAUGCAAAUCGAGUCGCGUGUAGUAGAAACUUCUUAUCUUCU